GGCUUAUCAGCAGAAGCGAACAAUAUUUUUUUUUGGCAACAACUAAAUAGUUGGCUACAGUUAUUGCCGCUUUUCAGUUGCUCAGUGUUUUGGCUCAGUGUUCUUUGAGGCAUCGUCGUCGGCAGAGGCAGACGUCGCAGUAGACGCCGCAGUAGACGCCGCAGUCGCAGUCGCAGUCGCAGCAGUCGCAGCAGCAGCGUCAGGUAGAUAGAGAGUUCAGGUAUUUCUGCGAGGCGCAAACGCGACACGAUCUCAAAGCGCCAACGACAACGAGAAGCAACAGAUCCACGUACUCGUUUAAAAAGAAUAUACAAGUUUAGUAAAAAAAUAAAAUAAUAUAAAACUAAAUUGAAUUGAAUCACAAAAAUGUACAAACUGAAACUAUUUUAAAAUAUUCCAAAAAAUUAAUAUAUAAACCGGCGAUCGUUAAAGUGAAUGCACAAACUAAACUGAAUCUGAAUCGAGUGCAAAUCGAGUGUGUGACUGAACAAGUGUUUGAGUGUCUGAAAAAAACAUGAGCAUUAUUAAAAACUAGACGCAUUCAUUAAGAAAUUGAAGCAGUAAUCAAAUACAAAACAAACCAGUUAAAAAGUGCUUAAACAAAAUGAAGUCUUUAUCUACCAAAGUAUUAUUAUUUAUAGUUAUAUGCAGCUUGCUACAAACAGAAAUCAGCGCUAUCAAUGACACGAUCGUGGACGAGAAUUGUCCUUCGCUGGCCAAUGCGGACAGUCUGCAGUACACGGAACUGAUACAAAGGAUGACUCACGUCUGUCGCUACGAUCGUUUGGAGCGACCCAUCGAAUAUGACAAUCAGACAUUGAAGCGUCUACCGAUUGUGGUGAAGACACGCAUCUAUGUCUACCUCUUGCAGAAUCUCAACUCGGAUCUGUUGCAAUUCAAGACACACGCAUUGCUCCAGCUCAGCUUUCAGGACAAACGUUUGGCCUACAAGGAGUUUGCACCGGAGCGAAGAGAGACGAUUUUGGGUCAGAAGCAUUUGAGUGAACGCCUCUGGUUGCCACAUAUAUUCUUUGCCAACGAAAGAGAGUCGAGUAUCUUGGGCACCGAUGAGAAGGAUGUGCUCACUUCAAUAUCCCGUGAUGGCAAUGUCAUUAUCUCCACAAGACUUCAAGCAUCACUUUAUUGCUGGAUGAACUUUAAAAAGUUUCCCUUCGAUCAGCAAUAUUGCUCAACAAUAUUGGAGAGCUGGAUGUAUAAUACUUCUGAUUUGCUGCUGGAGUGGGAGGAUCAUGCGCCCAUAUCCUUUGAUCCAGAUAUGCGUCUCACUGAGUUUAAUCUGGCUCAAUUUUGGCAUAAUACAACAGUUGUGCAUUCAGAUCACAUCAAUAUGCGACACGGCGCUUUUCAGGGAAAUUACAGCUCUUUAAGCUUUACAGUCAGUUUACAGCGAGAGAUUGGUUUCUAUCUGUUGGAUUAUUAUCUGCCCUCCAUGAUGAUUGUUGCCAUAUCCUGGGUAUCCUUUUGGCUGCAAGCAGAUGCCUCUCCACCACGUAUAAUGCUAGGUACCAGCACCAUGUUGUCCUUUAUCACAUUGUCCUCGUCGCAGAGUAAAACUCUGCCCAAGGUCAGCUAUAUCAAAGUAUCUGAAGUGUGGUUCAUUGGCUGCACUUUCUUCAUCUUUGGCAGUCUGGUGGAGUUUGCCUUUGUCAAUACAAUAUGGCGUCGCAAGGAGAAUAUUGAGCUGAAGAAGGUUAAUAGUAAAUACAUUAUUAAAUCCACCUUAACGCCACGCCCCUCACGCCGUCAACUGGGCGGCAGUUUGAGCAACGAAUCCAGAGCUCGUUCCUGUUCCAGUCUGGAUAAUAUUGUGUCCAGCACGGAGAGCGUGAGAAAUGGCAAUGGCACUGUCAAUCCAGGAUUUAACAAUUAUCUCACAGUUCAUCCCAAUCUGCCCAUCAUAAGAACUGAGUGUGCCGACAACGUUUCCGUGUGCAGCGAACGCUCGACAAAUGAUCACGUUGUGGACAUUGACAAGGACAAGAAGUCCGAGAAGGAUCCACCCACAUUUACCACCAUGACGCCACAGGAAAUUGCCAUGUGGAUCGAUAGAAGAUCACGUCUUUUAUUUCCGGGCAUGUUUUUGGCCUUCAAUGCGCUUUACUGGACUUUUGUCUACUGUUUUUAGGCGAAAAGGAAGACGAAAAUACAUACACAAACACACAUACAAACAAUUAGUGUCAUACAUGUGAAUUUCUUUUGUGUUUGCUUUCUCUUAAUAUUACGUUGAUUGUAAUAUGUAUUAAUUAGUUAGUAAGUCACAUCAUCUCAUAGUCAUAGUUGUACAAAUGUCGCGCAUGUCUUAUAAAAUAAAAUACAAUCAAUAAUUGUUUUAAGCUAACAAAUGUAAAAACUUUAGU